CGAGAAACAGACUUCAGUCAGUCUACAAUGAUCUCUGUCUCUCGAUUGCUGUCGCCUCAAUUCUACGCAAUUCAAAGGAGCUUCGUGAAAAUGUCUGCUUACGCCGCUCAAACGGCCAGAGGAGUUUCACACGGGUCCAUGGCGAUAAAGCCUCCUUCACAUCCUACUUACGAUUUGAAAGCUGUUAUCAAACUAGCCUUAGCUGAAGAUGCUGGUGACACAGGAGAUGUAACGUGUAUGGCUACGAUACCGUUUGACAUGGAAGUGGAAGCUUAUUUCUUGGCGAAGGAAGAUGGGAUUGUUGCUGGAAUAGCUCUUGCUGAGAUGAUUUUUGAACAAGUUGAUCCCUCAUUGAAGGUUGAAUGGAUGCGAAAGGAUGGAGAUUACGUUCAUAAAGGAUUAAAAUUUGGAAAAGUAUCAGGGAAUGCACAUAAGAUUGUUGUUGCUGAAAGAGUUGUGCUCAACUUUAUGCAGAGGAUGAGUGGAAUUGCGACCCUUACCAAGUUAAUGGCAGAUGCUGCAUACCCUGCAUGUAUACUGGAGACAAGAAAAACUGCUCCUGGUUUGCGGUUGGUAGACAAAUGGGCGGUGGUGAUUGGUGGAGGGAAGAAUCACAGGAUGGGAUUAUUUGACAUGGUGAUGAUAAAAGAUAACCACAUUUCAGCUGCAGGGGGUAUUGUAGAUGCCAUUAAAUCUGUAGACGAAUAUCUAAAGCAAAAGGGUCUCGAGAUGGAUGUGGAGGUGGAGACGCGGACGCUUGAGGAAGUGAAGGAAGUGUUGGAGUAUGUUAGUGGAUCCAAGACUCGGUUGACUAGAAUAAUGCUGGACAAUAUGGUUGUACCGUUAGAGAAUGGAGACGUUGAUGUCACGAUGCUUAAAGAUGCUGUAGAGCUAAUAAACGGGAGAUUCGAGACAGAGGCUUCGGGCAAUGUUACAAUUGAGACAGUACACAAGAUCGGACAGAGUGGAGUUACAUUCAUUAGCAGUGGAGCUCUGACACAUUCGGUUAAAGCAUUGGACAUAUCUCUGAAGAUCGAUACAGAGUUGGCUCUAAAGGUCGGAAGAAGGACAAAACGAGCGUAGAAGUUAGAGAAACAGAGCAUCAUCUAUCUUCCUCGUAUCUUUACUUUUUCCUUCCCCGGGAAACAGAGAAUCAAUAAGGUGAGAUAAAGGAGAAGAGAGACAUUGAUGAAUCUGACUACAAAUAACCGUUCUUUAUUCUGUAGAAAAUAAACUAAACUCUGGCUACAUAGCGAGUGGAAACAUGGAUGAAUAUACACAAUAACUCUCUCUCAAAC